GGUCACGGUCGGACUCCGGCGAGGCUGAGCCGCGGGCGGUGAUGGAGACGGGGGAAUUGCCUGUGGAGGUGAUCACUCACAUCUUGAACUUCCUGCCUAUCCCUGACAGGAAAGAGGCCUCUCUGGUGAACCGAAGCUGGUACUUUGCAGCCCAAGACUCCUUGCGGCAGGAGGAGAGCAUUUUCUACACCAUCCCGGCUUCCUCCGCCUCCCUCGGGACCAUCAAAAGCCUGUCCCGGAGACGGGUUUGCAGCAUCCAGCUAAUCAACCUGGACAGCUCCUCCACCUCCCGAGAGGUCGUCAAGUACGUGGCCGGUUACCUGGGUUCCCACCUGCGCCACCUGUGCCUGCGGGGCAGCAGCUUCACGGAGGCCUGCUUCGAGGAGCUCCUCUUUGCCUGCCCUUGCCUGACCACCUUGGAUCUGAGCGGCUGCAACAGCCUCUUCAUGCCAGGGACUCUGCUUUCCAAACAGGAGACCUUCCUCCGAGCACAGGGGGCCCUGGGCAACCUGCAGGACCUUAACCUGUCCGGCGUGCGUUACCUGUCCGACCUCACCUUCAACCGGUUGACCAAGUGUGCCCCCCGGCUGGCCAAGCUGUCCCUCGCCCGCUGCCACAUCACCUUUGAGUUUGACGCGUACCACGGCUCCCGGGACUACAACUCCUCGGCCCUCCUGUCCUUCCGCAACCUCCUGCGCUUCCUCGCGGAGCGGGCUGGCUGUGUGAAGGCUUUGGACCUGAGCAGCACCAGCAUCUCCAGCCAGGCCGUGAAGUCCCUGGUCCAGGUGGCGAACCUGCGCCUGCACGAGGUGGUGCUCCAUGACUGCCGGGACCUCUCUGACGAGGCCGUCAGCAUCUUGUGUCAGCACCAGCCUCACUUGACCACGCUAGAUCUGAGCGGCUGCUCUGAGCUGACCGACCAGGCCAUCCUGGCCCUCUGCUCCCGCCUCCUGGACCUUCGGUGCCUGAGGCUGGAGAAGCUCCCGCGGGUCACAGACGCCGGCUUCCGGGGAGUUUCGCACCUGAGGUGCCUCCAAAGCCUGAAUGUGUCCGAAUGCAGCUUUGUGAGCUCCAGCGAGCUGGUGAAAGCCCUCAGGGCUAUUGAGGGACGGCCUCCAUUGGUCUCAUUGAAUGUCGCCUUCUGCUCUUUGCUAAAAGACAGCUCUGUCAUCGUGCUGGCUGGAGCACUCAGCCGAAGCCUUCGGGUUCUGGAUCUCUCCUCCUGCACGUCCAUCACCAACCAAAGCCUCCAAGCCAUCUCUACCCACCUCUUGAACUUGACCGUCUUGCGUUUGGCCUGGUGCAAGGAGCUGACGGAUUGGGGCCUGCUGGGGGUCGAGCAGCCCAGAGAGGCGCAGGAUCACUCCAAGGAGGGAUUCUUCCUGCCGCCUCCACAGGAUCUGGAGCGGGAUGCCCCGAUCCUCAUCGACCUCACGAAGCAGGACACCCCGCAGAAGUACCGGGCCUCCUUGAACGCCCUGGCCCGCCUGCAAGAGCUUGAUCUGACGGCCUGCGGGAAGCUGACGGACACGAGCAUCGCUAAGGUCGUCCACUUCCCCGAGCUCCGCCGCCUGUCCCUUAGCCUGGUGCCCAACAUCACGGACACGAGCCUCACAGCCAUCGCCCGUCACUGCCGCGCCCUGGAGCACCUCUCGCUGAGCCACUGCGUGAACCUGACCGACAAAGGGUUUGCGGAGGCAGCCGGCACCCUGCCCAGGCUCCAACACCUCGUCCUCGCUGGCUGCAACCAGCUCACCCCGCAGACCCUGAGGGCCAUCGGUCGGGAGUGCCGGCAGCUGAAGUGCCUGGACGUCUCCAUGUGCGGCGGCAUCAGCAUGACCGACGUCGAACUCUUCCAGUCGCGCCUCCCGCUGCAGACGAGCGUCCACUCCCGGUUUGUAGGCGGAGCAGACCUCUCCAUCACUCUCUGAAAGAGACUCCGUCGGCCGCAGGUGGUCAGACUGGCUCCAUCCUCAGCUGGGGUGGGCUACCCGGGGGAACAGCCCCUGCCUGGUCAUCCCAACGCUCUGCAAUCUCACCCGCCAAUAGGACAGGGUAGCCAAAGCGGGCCAAAUCGCUGCCAUUAAGCUCAGCUGUGCCACUGCCUAUGCCAGGCAGGGUAUGCCCACCUCCCCACCACCACCGCCUCUCCCUAAUGAGCAGGGCUACCAAUCCUGCAGAGGCACACAGUGAGUGGUCAGUAUCUGUAGCAGGAUCGGUCCUGCACUAGCGGAAGCAGAGAGAGCGGCUAUGAAUGCAACAGCAGCCGCCGCAGCCGCCCUGGGUCCUUUGAACUCCCGUGACAUCGUUACUGCCUCUUUUCUCUCCCCACCCCCCACCCCUGCUACCUCUUUGAAAAAUAACCAUGGCAGUGGCUGCUUUGCCAUCCUUCCACUGCCAACCUUUGGCUGGUUCCGUCUUGCAAAAUAAGGCACAGGAAAGAAAGCAAAGUCCCAGCCAGCCUCCACUCUUCUUUUCCCAAAAGGAUGUGCCAUGCCUCUGCGCUGGAGGGGAGGGGGAGAGGCCGUUGCUCUAAUAAAGGACUCUGGCACACCUUUUGCUUCCAGUUGGCUCUUAAGACGCAGACCAGCCCCUGAACCAUCACCCUGCCUAGCAAACCAAGACGUUCCCUCUCUCUCUCUCUCUCUGCGGGGGACUUCUCAAACAGCAGCCCUCCCCACCUUG